AUGGCUUAUCAACAAUACAAUCCACCUCAAGGAAUAAAUUUAAGACAAAUUUUUGAUAAUGUUGAUAAAGAUCAUUCUGGAAAUAUUAGUGCUGAUGAGUUACAAAAAGCUUUAUCUAAUGGAACUUGGAGUCCAUUUAAUCCAGAAACAUGUAGAUUGAUGAUUGGAAUGUUUGAUAGAAAUGGUGAUGGUGGUAUUAAUUUUGGAGAAUUUCAAGCAUUAUGGAAAUAUAUUGAUGAUUUUACAAGAGUUUUUAGAUCUUUUGAUACAGAUAAUUCUGGUAACAUUGAUAAACAGGAAUUAAUUAAUGCUUUAACACAAUUUGGUUACCGUUUAUCAAAUUCUUUCUAUGAUCUUCUUAUGGUUAAAUUUGAUAGGACUCAUACAAAAACAAUAUACUUUGAUGACUUUAUUCAGUUAUGUGUUGUCCUUCAAACUUUAACUGCUGGUUUUAGAGAUAAAGAUACAGAUAGAGAUGGUGUUAUAACAGUUGGUUAUGAGGAAUUUUUACGCAUGGUAUUUUCCGUCAAAAUGAAUUUAAUGGGACGUUAA